AUGAGGGCGGCACGAAAGUUGCCUACUCGACCCGUUCGUUCAUCACUUGCUGCAGAUAGGGCACAUUUUCGAUCCAGUGACGAAGUACACGAAGUGCCACCGGAUCCAAAGACGUCAUCUUCACCAAGAAAAGAAUCGAGUGUCGUUGAGCGAUCAGAUCGAUGUCUGCUCAACGACCUCGACCCUUCAAAGCUGUCGUCACUGAUCUGCGGACAUCCAGCAGGAAGAGGGACGGCUCUGCUGCUCCAAGCUUUGCGACAGCAAGUGACCAUAGCCGCCUCGUGUGAGUAUUCGCGUAAAGCGCUGGCAUGGAUCAUCGACAAUGAUGUAUUGCAAUUGAAAAACAGAAGAAACGUAAGACAUCUAACCUGGACGACUAGCCUUAUAUGCGCCCUGAUUCGGGUCCUCCAAGCCGAUGGUGUGGAUUCUCGAGAACAAAUGGCUAGGCUUAUCAAUAUGCUGGCGAGUUUCACUAGCGGAAGACAAUAUCUUUUGACCCAUCUCCGACUAGUGCUCAACUGCGUCGUACCAGUGCUUCGCGGUCGACGAUUACCUACAACCACGCAAGAACAGCUCUUGGCCAUGCUACAGAAAUUUAGCGUUAGGCACGCAUGUCAAAAAGAACUCCUGCUUUGUGGAAUGCUGGAGUGGAUUGUAAAUUUCCUAGAAGGUCGAACAACUGCUUAUGCUACAGAAUAUGCAUGUUCGCUG